UAUAUAUAGCAGCAAGUACGUUGUCCGCCCUUGCAGAAGGAAAGACGGCAAACAGCAGCAUGCGUGUGGCGGCGUUUCUCGUAGUGGUCGCGGCGGUCGCAGUAGCAGACGACAGCGAGGAACUGGAGGAUGUCCUGUUCAGCAGCGCUCCGACGACGCGAGGUCUCGUGGACAGCCUCAUCAACGGGGGCAUUGUAGAAGGCCAUAUAGGAAUUAGCACGGGUCAUGGCAGCCAUGGCCAUCAUCCAGGCCAUGGUCACUAUCCAGGAGGCCAUUACCCUGGAGGUCACUAUCCAGGAGGUCAUUACCCCGGAGGUCACUAUCCAGGAGGCCAUUACCCCGGAGGUCAUCCUCCAGGAGGCCACUACCCCAGUCAGGGAGGCCACUACCCCAGUCAGGGAGGCCAAGGAGUGUGCAAGGUGUGGUGCCGGGGACCGAACAACAAGAGGUACUGCUGCGGCCGAGACGUCUCUCAGGGUCAAGGAAAUUACCCAGUCGUCAGAUCCGGCUCCUGUCCCGCUGUGCGAGCCAGCUGUCCACCGACCCACCUCGGAGGCAGUCAGCCCAACGCCUGCGCCCACGACGGCCAGUGCCUGUCGCCUGCUGACAAGUGCUGCUUCGACGUGUGUCUUGGGCAUCAAGUGUGUAAGCCUGCUUUGCUUACUCAAGCCUUGGUCGCUAGAAACAUUUUUUCUGGACGACACUAGGCCACUGGCAUCAGUAUCUUUAUUUAUUUAUGUCGGCAUCUUUGAGAUCAUGUACCUUUGCUUCUUCUACAGCAAGACAUGUCGGUGCUAGAUACCGUUAUAAUUUAUUGACAAAGAAAUUUACAAAAUCCA